AUGUCAGCAGCGGUCCUCUCAAUGUCCAUUGCACCUGUCAUCGUCUCAAGCACGACGGGAACCACGAUGCAGGCCCUCGAUAAUCUGGCGGGUCAAUCCUCCGGCAUGGCCGCCAUGAUGGCAGCGCACUCCGACCAGAAGACCGCAAGCAAGAAGAGGCAUUGGUGGUCGCGAUUCCGACGGGGCAGACCGUGCCGCGAGAUGAAGACGCUGGACACGGCGCACCCGAGCCGCAGCUCAAGCUGUGAUCCGAAACCACUCGACGACGACAUGUUCCCCAGGAGGAUUCACACCAACACUUCUUCUCAAUCCGCGCCUUCGCUGCGCAUGCACCGGACCCGGGACAGCUUCGGCGACGAGGAUGAUACCAUGACGAAGCCGCCCGUCGAGAUCACCAUCACCGGUCCGGACUCGACUCUGGCUUCGAGAAUCGAGUCUUCCUCGCGAGACAGCUGCAGCAGCGUCACCUCGGACAUCUCGCGCAGCAGCACAACCGACAGUGUCUGCUCGAGCAUGUCGUCGAUAUUCGAGAGCAGAGUCCGCACCUCUUCUGGGCGAGGGAAACGGCAAGAAGCUCUGGGCACCAAGGCCAUGACGAAGGAACAGAGCAGGUUGGCAAAGUAUCGCGCACGACAGGAUCUCUAUCAAGAUCGCUCGCUCGAUACCCUGCUGUUGGCCAACGCUUUCAUCGUCAUGUAA